AAUUAAUUAAUUUUUUUAAAAAUAUGAUUUCUUAAAGUGGAAAAAAUUAGUUUUUUUAAUUAAUGUGAAAUAAUAUUUGAGUUGUCUAUUAAUUGUAAUUCUAUCAUUCUCUUUUGACAAAAUGUACAAUAAUACCUUUUCUACUAUUCUACAAUCCGUUUACAAUGUGGCAUUAAUGCCAUUAGAUAUAAGCAUUCCACCGAUGCGUCAUUUAUUAAAAAAGAAUGGGUUAUAUGUCUAUGUCUCCCGUUUAAAAAUUUCCUCCCAUUUUAAAAUUAAAACCCCUCUCAUUUCACAAUCUUUCUCAGAAUCCAAAGCUGACCUCCACUGCGCCAUCCGAUACUGGCCACACACCGCGCCAUCCAUUUGCCGUGCAACGCUGCUAUCCAGCACAUCACCAACUCAGGCACCAGGCAAUGACAGACAUUACCUGCGCCAUAAUUUCUCCUUUUUCCCAUCACCACCGAGGUUUGCAUCAUUUUCAACCUAAUUCCGGCUGCUCCUUCGCUUUCUUCUUCAACACCUUCAUGAAUAUCCUCUCUUUUCCUCCCAUACUCAUGGCGUUAACCAGUUUGCCCAUCGCAAAAUGCAUAAACAUGAUCACCUUUCUAGUUGAACUGCUGGGCCAUCUGAAGUUCAUGGGGAUGAUGGCACUCUCUCGUCUGUGUCCUCUCAAUCUACCAGAUCAACAAGAUCAUCAAACUGAAGAUCAAGAGCAAUCCACAAAUAGUACAUACGUUCUUGUAAUGAAUGGUUCAUCUCCGUCCCUAGUCCCAGCCUACACUCUGAUGGCGUUGAUCAAGAUGAGGGUUCCUGUAAUAGAAUACAGCAUUUUUGUUGAAAGACAUGGAUCAGUUGCGCAUGAAAUGGCAUAUUGUUCUGUCUGCUUGAACAGCGUCAAGAGAAGCCAUGAGAUCAGGGAGCUGUCUAACUGUUCUCACGUGUUUCACAGAGAGUGCUUGGAUCGAUGGGUAGACGAGGCCAAGGUAACCUGCCCUUUGUGCAGAACUAUGUUGCUUCCAGCUGCUAGUAAAGAUCAGAUGAUGAUGUUAUAGUUCAAUUACAGAUGAUCUCAUCGAUUCUCCAUGCAUCAAAUAUGUAUCAGAGUAAUUUGAAUAGAGAAGCAAUAGGAGCCGGUCGGGUGUCAAGUGGUUUUUUACACCAGCGAAUAACAACAUGCCACACGAGUUUCAGUAAUAUUAUGAAUAGAGCCGCAUGUAGCAGAUCACUACUUUUCAAGACUGAGCCGGAGACCACAACUCCUCUCUUCUCUAGUUUUAUCUUCUCUCUCCUCCUCCCACCACCCCCGUCGGCCUCCUCCCCUGUAGCUUUCGAAGAAUCUGAGGGGUUGUUAUUCCACAAGGAUUGAUCAAAAUCAUACAAAUCAGCUCAUUUGAGCAUUUUAUCAAA